AUGUACCUCUACUCUGCACAGGAUCUGAUUAAAACGCGUUUGUCAAUGCAAAAGUACGGCGACGGUUAUUACAAAAGCACACCCGAUGCACUGAAGAAAAUCGUCCGGGCCGAAGGAUUUAGGGGCCUAUAUAAGGGUCUCCUGCCCACAGUUGUGGGUGUAGUGCCAUUUGAAG